UUCAGAAGAAUCCAACGCACUCAAAGGAUUCUGGGUUAUUGUUUUCAAAAGGCGAGGGAUUGUGGGAAUAGUCCUCGACAAUAUUCAAGAUGGCGGCACUUCCGCAGAAAAAGUACUACCGGCAGCGAGCCCAUGCUAACCCUAUGGCAGAUCACACUCUUGAGUAUCCUGUAUCGCCAGAUGAAAUGGAUUGGAGGACUUUAUUUCCCGCAUUUUACCCUGAGAAGGAUGACAAAGGUAAAACUGCAGAUGAGAGGAGUGCCAAAGUGGAGUUUGCAGACAUUGGCUGUGGAUAUGGUGGCUUGCUUGUUGACUUAUCACCUAUGUUUCCAGACACUCUCAUGGUUGGAAUGGAAAUAAGGCUAAAGGUCAGUGAUUAUGUAAGUGACAGAGUGAUGGCAUUAAGGACAGCUCACCCAGGACAGUACCAGAACAUUCAUGUUAUCAGGACUAAUGCCAUGAAGUACCUACCCAACUAUUUUCACAAGGGGCAGCUAAAAAAGAUGUUCUUCCUUUUUCCUGAUCCACAUUUUAAACAAAAGAAACACAAAUGGAGAAUAAUAAGCCCUACCCUGUUGGCCGAGUAUGCUUACGUCUUAGCUGUUGGGGGUCUUGUUUACACCAUAACUGAUGUUCCUGACUUGUGUGACUGGAUGAAAAAGCAUUUCAUUGAGCAUCCUUUGUUUGAAGCAGUCAGCGAAGAGGAACUGGCCCAGGAUCCCGUUGUGGAAAAACUUUACCAGAGCACGGAAGAAGGACAGAAAGUGACCAGAAACAAAGGAGUCAAACUUGUGGCUGUAUUUCGGCGAAUUCAAGAUCCAUACGUCACGUAAAGGGGCACAAUGAGUCCGCACCAAAAUUCAUUUAGAACCGUGGAAGGGUUUUGUGAUGGUGUUCUGACAAGCCUCAAUGAGUGCGUGCCUCAACUGCGUGAUGGAUUUAGCAGGGAAUAAGAACUGUCACAAAUAGAUCGAAAUCUGAAGAUUGUUUUAAAAGGAUGAGAAGUUGGUUUAUGUCGGAGAUACUGUCAAGAAAAACGUCCUCAACUCCGUUAAGAAAUAAUGCAUUUUUUCGGCGUGCCACUUUCAUUCAGAAAAGAGCUUUGAAUAAACAUUACGACUGCUUUCUCAAGUUUCUGUAGCAUGUAUGUCGCCAGAAAGAAAACGUUAGCUUGGCUUUUACUUAGGAGGUGUUCGUGGAACAAUGUUGUUAUCUACAGAACUAAAAAAAAAAAAGUCAAAAAUACAUGCAGAAUUUCAAACUAACGCUGCGUGAACUCGGCCACGGACAAACACGUUCAUAAUUCGGACCAAAUGUCAUUUCAUACUCAGUCCAACCUUGAUACAACCUCAAACCAUUAUUUCAAGAACUAAUAAACGGUAUUUUCUAAA